GUUUGCAUGAACUCCUGUUCGGUGAUACAAGGAUCGUCCCUUCCUUUAAGUUCCCCGCAUGAUGAGGGCAGAAAAAACCUAAGGACCGAAAGGAGCAAAAAAAAGGGCGCGCAUGGGAAUUUGCUGGCCGACCGAGAUUUGAUUGUUGAAUCCUUUGGCUUUGGACACAAGCAGCAACCAGCGAUCAGCGUACUUCCACCCUGACCUUGCUGAUCCAUCAACAACAGCGGCAGUAGCACCAAUUUCACUAGCAUCGCUUCCCGAGUACGACCUCGCGCAGCCCACCGGCACCACCACCAUGGACUCCAACAAUGACGACUCCGACGACAGCAACAACAACCCGGCACGGCGCAUCCUCAUGACUGACAUGCUCACCAUCCGCACCAGCUGGAUCCGCACCGUGCACCGUGCCGCGCAAGCUUACCUCCAUCAAAUGACCUCCUCCUCCACCGAUGAGGGCGUUCCAACUGUGGUGUCUGCCAGCAAUAUCACCGAGCAAGACAUCCUGUACGCCUACAUCUGGCACUUACUCACUCGAACGCGAGUACGCGGCAUCGGCAGCAGCAUCAGCAACCAAGACAGUGACAACUCCGACUUCAGUGACAACGACCCCACGGAAGUAGUGAAACUCUUCACCACCGCCCACGUCUGCGACGUCCUCCUCCCAGCAAUCGCCACCGUCCCUUUACACUCCUUCUUCCUCCGCCCCUCCAUCACCGACGAAACAGGCAUCCCACAUCUCCGGCGGUACGCCCUGCUUGCCCUUGCGAUCCGCUCAGUCAUCGAGGCUGCUGUGCGGGAGCCCUCGGCCCACGAAGGGCAGGACGUUGCGCGGCGGAUGAUGGCGGCAAAGAGGGAUUGGAUUGGAAGUUGCGAGGGGGGGUUGUGUAUUAUUUCGCUUGAUGAAGCGGGGAGAAGGGGUUUGGAGGUUUUGGAGGGGAUGGCGUCUGGACAUGAAGCGUAUGGGAGAGGGAGGUCAGAGGUUGGUAGUGACUUGUCAACAUUGAACUCGUCGGGGGAAAAAGAGGUGGAGAUGGGGUUGGGGAUACAAAUUGUGUAUAACUCGUCGACGCCGACGAGGGGAGAGUAUCAUGCGGUUGUUUUGCCGAUGAGUGAAGGGGGGCGGAGGGACGGGAAAUGGAGGGUGCAGUUGCAUUUACACCCGCUGUACAGGCAGUGGUUAAGGAGGUGGAUGGAAGAGAACCCUGGGGAGGCUGAGAUCGUGCCGAGAGUCUGA